AUGUCGGAUUUCAGAAUAUAUAUUGGAAGAAACCCUCGUUCCAUUGUCUUAUCUUAUAAGGAUUAUAACCUUUCAUUCAAAAGAUAUCAGGCCCCUUCUGGUCACAAAGCACAGCAAUAUGGAAGACCACCUACGGUUAUCAUUAAUACAAUUACAAAAGAGGAACUUCUAGACGAAGCUAAAUACUAUGAAGUUACAUUUGGGAUUUUUAGUGGAUUAUUGGGUAUAGUAACGGUUCACAAUUCGGCCUACAUCGGUGUUAUUACAGGUGUGCAAAAUGUUGGUUUUCCUAGAUGGACAUUAAGUAAAUCACACGUUAUCCCUUCAGAAAAUAUAUACAAGGUUUUGGAUGUCGACUUUUACAGUUUAGAUUCUAAUGUAUUUGAUUCGUGGUAUGCUGAUCGAUCGGAACAGGCGUAUGAUAGGAUGGUGCAUGAGCACCCGUGUGGAUCUCUCAAGAAACUCUUUGGAGAUGGGUCUUUUUACUUUUCCAAAGAUUUCGACAUGUCAAAUAACGUAAAAAAUCAUACUGUAGUUCAUAAUUUGGAAUAUGCAAUUGAUAAUCAAGAUUCUUCAUUUAUCUGGAACACACCACUGACAUCUGAGAUUGUUACGUGGCGGAACCGACUUCCAGGGGACGAACGACUGGCAUUUGAUAGUUCUUCAUUGCUAACAUUUGUAAUUCGAGGGUUUUGCAAAACUAUAUUGAUUGAAGAUUCUAUUAAUACAUCAUCAAUCACACUUAUAUCUAGAAUAUCGACCGAGAGUAAACAGCAUUGUUUGAGUGCAGAUGGCCUUAGUGAGGAUGGAAAAGUUUCUAACUUUGUUGAGACAGAGAUUGUUGUAACUACUACGAACUUUAUCUUUUCCUACACCCAAAUCUGUGCCAAUAUUCCAUUGUACUGGGAGUCUGUUGAUAAGCAGAUAUUGUAUGGUCGUAAAGCAAAGAUAACAAAGGAUGCAGAACAUACACAAACAUCAUUCGGUCGACAUUUCGAUAAUCUAGAAUCAAAAUAUGGUAUUAUUACAAUUGUCAAUAUUGUUAAACCGAGAAGUGAAACACAAGAAUCACUAGCAAGUGUGUAUAAACAAUGUGCAGAUAAAAGAGGUAUAAAAAUGACAAAUCUAGAAUGUAGUUCAAGUACUCUUUCGAAGACCCCACACAAGUUGUUGUAUCUGCUAAAGGAGGAUCUAUUUGAGUUAGGUGCAUUUGCAUAUGAUAUUGAAAGGGGGGUUUACUUUGGGAAACAGACAGGUGUUUUAAGAAUCAGUGCAUUUGAUUCUGUUGAAAAGCAGAUGUUAGUAGAAAAGAUAGUGAGUAAAGAUAUUAUUGAGCUUGCUACAAAAGAACUUAAUAAUUUUGAUCUGACAUCCCCAUUCAUCGAGACUCAUGAUAAAUUAUGGUCUGAGAAUACGUUCUGGAUGGACCGGAUCUUUUCCAAAAAUUCCAAGAACCCAAGCAAAUACCUUAAGAUUUACUCCUUGUUGUUUGAUUCUAAAAUGAAGCUGUAUGAUCCACUACAUUUCUAUAUCUCUCGUUAUUUAAAACAAUUGAAGACUAACUUUACUUAUGAGAGAAACAUAAGUAUAUUCUGCGGGACAUUUAAUAUUAGCGGUAAAACCUCUAAUGACAGUAUCGAUGAGUGGAUUUUCCCUGAACGUUCUGGUAUAAUAGGGAUGGCAGACGCCUACAUUAUUGGUUUUGAGGAAGUGGUUGAUCUUACACCAGGACAAAUGCUAUCAACCGAUCCAUAUGCGAAGAGAUUUUGGGAACAACGUGUAUUGACGUUGAUCAAUGCUAAAAGUGAUCAAAAAUAUGCCACCGUUUGGAGUAGUCAACUUGGUGGUGUUCUACUGAUGUUUUUCGUUAAAGAUUCUGACUUUUCUAAAGUCAAACAUAUCGAAGCAGAUGUCAAGAAGACUGGGUUUGGUGGUAUGGCAUCUAACAAAGGUGCAGUUGCCAUCAGUUUUAGAUACAAUGCAACGAGUUUUUGUAUAGUGGCUUCUCAUCUUGCUGCUGGUCUCGAAAAUGUCGAACAACGACAUAACGAUUAUAAGACUAUUUUCAAAAACAUUCGUUUUGCUAGAGGUCAACGAAUUAAAGAUCACGAUGCAGUUAUUUGGAUGGGAGACUUUAAUUAUAGAAUCUUAAUGAAUAACGAGGAUGUUAGAAAUCUGAUAUCGUUAGAAGAUUAUUCCAGACUUUUUGAGAAGGAUCAAUUAAACCAACAAAUGAUAUCAGGUGAAUCAUUUCCUUAUUUCCACGAAAUGCCGAUAACGUUUCCACCAACAUAUAAAUUUGAUCCUGGGACGAAGACUUAUGAUACAAGUGAAAAGAUGAGAAUUCCAGCAUGGACUGAUAGAAUCUUAAGUAAAGGUGAAAUUUUAAGUCAAUUAAGCUACGGGUACGCAGAAGAUGUCCUUUUUUCUGAUCAUAGACCUGUAUAUGCAACAUUUGAAGCUACAAUUACAGUUGUCGAUGAGCAAAAGAAGGAAUUAUUAUUUUCUAAGAUAUACGAUAAAGUGACAAAAAAAUUAACUACGUUAGAUGAAGAUGACAAAGAGGCAUUUCUUAAUGGUAGAGAUAUAUUUAUUGAAGGUUUAGACAAGGAGAGUCUGGUACCAAAGUCAAUAUUAUCAGCAAGUCAAGUAUCAGAUCGAGUAAGGAGCAAGAAACUACCACCACCAAGUUCAGAAGUUAAAAAAUGGUGGAUUGGUAAUGGUAAGCAAGUCAAGGUCGAGUUAGAAGUCGAUCCAGAGAAAUAUAUGAUAAACCCAAACAGAGAUCCUAACCCAUUUCGGGAUAGUAAUGACAAACCAUUAUUUGUACCAAGACAAUAA